ACGGUUGUCCAGGCUCUCUUCUGGCCACCGUCUUCUCCCCCAGCCCCCAACAAAGACAUUUCAUCCCCUUCCUCGAACACUGCCCUCUGUUCUACUGGGUAGAACUUUGAGAGGACAGAGACUGGAGCACAGCGUGACCGAAGUCACCUACCAUUGCGUACCCGCUGCAGGGCUCGCGCUCCAGCUAGGGGCUGACGUGUGCCGCGGGGCGACAGGCGCGUCCCCGAGCCACGCUCUCACUCCUUCCGCUCCCCGCGCCGCCCCGGGCUCCGGGGGCCGGGCGCGCGCACGCUCCGCCUCUCCCCGCCUCCUCGGUGCGCGCCCCGCCCCCUCGAGCUGCGAUACGCCGAGGGCUCAACAUCCGAGGACUUUGGCCCAGAGUAACCCCGUUCAGAUCGCAGCAAUUCUCCGGAAACGAAAAUUAGACUAUUAUUUACACAAACUACUCCCUGAGAUCCUACAAUCUGCUUCAUUUCUGACUGCUAAUGGGGCCUUGUAUAUGGCUUUCUUUUGCAUUUUAAGGAAGAUACUUGGAAAAUUCUACUCUUGGAGUCCUGGCUUUGGUGCCGCUUUACCAGCAUCUUAUGUGGCCAUUCUGAUUGAAAGAAAAAGCAGGAGAGGGCUGCUCACAAUUUAUAUGGCCAAUUUGGCCACAGAAACACUAUUUAGAAUGGCAGUAGCAAGAGGAACCAUCACAACGUUAAGAAAUGGAGAAGUCCUUUUGUUCUGCAUCACAGCUGCCAUGUACAUGUUCUUUUUCAGGUGCAAAGAUGGGUUGAAAGGAUUUACAUUCUCCGCUCUUAGGUUUAUAGUAGGGAAGGAAGAAAUUCCCACACAUUCUUAUUCACCAGAAGCAGCAUAUGCAAAAGUGGAACAAAAGACAGAGAAACAUGAAGAAAAGCCUAGAAGAAUGAAUAUAAUUGCUCUAAUCAGGAAACUUGUGGAUUCAGUAUGUAGGCAUGGACCAAGGCAUAGAUGUUGCAAACACUAUGAAGAUAAUUGCAUCUCUUAUUGCAUUAAAGGUUUCAUCAGAAUGUUUAGCGUGGGCUACUUGAUCCAGUGCUGCCUCCGAGUUCCCUCUGCGUUCAGGCAUCUUUUUACACAGCCAUCCCGGCUAUUUUCUCUCUUCUACAAUAAAGAAAACUUCCAGCUCGGAGCUUUUCUGGGAUCUUUUGUUAGUAUAUACAAGGGUACUAGUUGCUUCCUGCGCUGGGUCAGAAACCUGGAUGAUGAACUGCAUGCUAUUGUAGCUGGAUUUUUGGCAGGAGUAUCAAUGAUGUUUUAUAAAAGUACGACAAUUUCCAUGUAUUUAGCUUCCAAAUUGGUGGAGACAAUGUAUUUCAAAGGCAUUGAAGCAGGAAAGGUUCCCUAUUUUCCCCAUGCAGAUACCAUCAUCUAUUCCAUCUCUACAGCAAUUUGCUUCCAGGCAGCUGUCAUGGAAGUUCAGACCUUGCGGCCGUCUUACUGGAAGUUCCUUUUAAGGCUCACCAAGGGCAAAUUUGCUGUCAUGAACCGAAAAGUCCUCGAUGUUUUUGGUACUGGUGCAUCUAAACACUUUCAGGAUUUUAUCCCUAGGUUGGAUCCGAGAUAUACGACUGUAACACCAGAGUUGCCCAUCGAGUUUUCUUGAAGAUGACUGUAAUUUAUUAAUGUGACCUAAUGUUUCAUUAUUUUCUUCUGAAGACUCACUUAUGUUGAAUCGCAAAGAAGGAGUCUUGAGCUUGAACUUCAGUGUUAUUUCAAUGAGAGAUGCUCUUUGUUUUUCUUACCAAUCAGAAGUAUAGAAGCUUUUUAGGAAGGUGUUGCUUAAUAAUUAAGCACCCUUCCGUAGCCAGAAUCUGAUUCUGGGACACUGUAGUGGUUGACAUGAUGCUAUAUUAUUGAUUAAGUUAUGUCCAUAAGCAAUCUUAAAUAAUCUGUGUAGAAAUGUAGUAACAAAUAAGAGUAUACUUAAAAUUACUUUAAAAGAUGUUUUUAGCUCAUUCCAAUAUAAUUCUUGGUUAAAACUAAGAAUAUUUCUACAUUUUAGGAUACAAAGGAUCACGGGUACAUGGAUUUGGUCUGUAUUUUUUUUUUUUUAAUUUUGAAUUGGUAACUAUAGUAGUAAAAUAUAUGGAUAUGAAGUAACUCUUCACAGACAAUGCUGCUUUAGUAUAAAGCAAUUUAAUUGAAGAAGGUGGCUGUUCUUACUUCAGGGAUGCAAAGACGGGUCUUACGCUAUUUGAAUAAAUGUGGUGGUAUCCCUGUCUUCUUCCGCUGAUGAUAGCUUCAUCUCUCUCCAGGAUGAAUUGGGCUGUCUGGCAGCCCAGUGAACGAACCUAUGUACUAAUGGCAGGUUAGAAGUAAAUGGAAAUGGACAUACCUGAUACAGUUGAAAUGUGUGUUUUAAUCUUUUGCAGAAGCAUUUCACUUGAAUAUUUAAAAGCUAAUGAGGUUGUUUCUAAACCUCUUGUGGGUUUAUGAUGUUUGUUUUCAUUUAUUAGGACUGAAUUCUUCAUGGCUAAGGUUGUCUGCCAUUGUAGAUUUAGAAGGGAUCCAUAGUGGUUUUGGCAGGUUUGUCAUUUUGUUCCCUCUCGACUGUUCUACCUACACAAUGGAUAUUUUACAACUACAAACAAUAUAAAAAUCCGGUAGUU